AUGUUGACGAGGCUGCUAGCGACGAAGGCAUUGGAAUCGAUGCCGCUGGCGAUGGCGUCGGCGUGCGCGAGUCUUCCCCUGUCUAGAUCCCGGGCGCUGCUAGCGGCUCUCAAUCGCGCCAAGAUUGUGACUCUCACCUUGUCCGCUGGGGCGCCGUGCCUGGAUUCACAGCUGGAGCGCCGGCAUUGCCCGCCCAAUCCCAAAUUCAAGCGCGACAAGCUCUUGAUCAUAAUUUCGCUGAAGCGUUUUUCCAGCCUUUCUCGCCCGAGUCAAAGGGGAGAUGCCGAUGGAUUUCUGUGGAGCACCAAGCUCCUCCAAGGCGUCAUCGGUCACUUUUCAGAAAAGGAUUUGGAGCCCGAGAGCCUCUCGGUAUUUCUGCUGGAGUGCUUUGCAAACGACCAGCAGCAGGAAGAAGAAGAUCCACAGGCACUGUCAGCGUUUCAUGUGGCAGCACUCCAUCGGGACAAAGCUCUGUUCGACUCCUGCCUCGAUUCCGCAAGAUCAGAUUUUCUGAGGUAUCAUGCUGCCAUGGGCCUUGGAUUGAUCAUUCAGCAGGAUGGUGGAGAAGGCGCUCUAAAAUGCUUCCAAGUUGCCAAGUCCAUAGCAGAAGGUCUGGAUGUAGAGUACAGGGCCAUAGCUUCGUACUGGAUGAUGAAGACUCUGGCACAGCUUCAAGAAGCAAAUAUUGCUCUAGAUCAGGUGUUCACUGGAUCGGUAAUCUCGUCAGCUCUGGUUACCAUGGUAAAAGCGAAGAUCAAGCAGAAGGAAGGCCAAGCUGGGAAAGAGGUGGUCUCCGUGUAUGCUGAGGCUAGAAGAACACUGGCAAACUUCAUGGUGAAUCUCAACGAUAAGCUUGCGGAAAGGUUGGAGUCGUCCUGCUGCUCUACCUUGUUCCUCCUCGAGUUUAUUCGCUAUGACAACUUUACCAAGUUCUCCAUGUUGAUGCUGCCAUCUCGGCCAGAUCCAGAGGUACUCGCUACACCAUUGAAUGUAUGCUUCGCUGCAUAUGAUUUCUACAGAGAAGCGAGACUGGAGAUACUAAAGCUCCAAGAAAACUGGAACGACGCCAAAGAUGCAAGGGCCCAUAUCGAAGAAGGAUAUGACACUGGUCUCGACUCUCUCGUACUUGGCCAUGAAAUCGCGUUGAAGAUGGAUGACUUAGACAGCAUUUACUGGGCCGGAGUGUUUCUGGACAACUAUAUCAGCCGCGAGAUCACAGGAGACACACAAGCUAUGGUUUCUCGACUGGCAGCAUGUUUCGAGAAAUACGAGAACGAAGACAACAAGGCUUGGGCAUAUUACUACGUUGGAAGAAAGGGAACAAUCGAUGGCAGAUUUUCCAGAACACAGUAUGAACUUCUGGAGAAGUCCCUGGAACAGGCAAAGACAGGAAUGCUGCGUUACUUUGCUGCGUAUACGCUAGGCCAUGCAUGCAGUGACAAGAAAUCAAGGCAGGAGUACCUGGACAGCGCAAAACACUGCGCUCUCCAAACCGGCAACGAAGAGCUCAUAAUCGACGUCAUGCUCGAGCUGUUCGUUCUUCUCAUAGAGCGCCAGAUGUUCCAAAAUGCAAGUGAGCUUCGCCAGGAGCUUGAGAAGAUGAUCAACAGCAGCCAUUUCUCCAGCGUGGUCUUUGGUGAAGGUGUUGUGGCGCUCAUGGAAGGGCAUCUCAAGGUUGCUUGGGGAGAUCAUUCCGGCAGCUUCCUACAUUUCCAACGAGCUGUCCAACUUUUGGAACCUCUACAAACUCCAUACCCGGCGGCACUGGUCACGUAUAUGUGCGGCGAGAACAAACGCACAGUGUCUUACUUUGGCAGGGCAUGUUUGCAACGCAGCUUUAGCAGCGCUUCCACCGCGAUUGAAAAUUUUGUGAAAAACUCGUCGAAAGGAAUUCCUCAUUUGGGAAUUGAGCUCUACGAUGAGGCACAGUUGGAGUUCGACGAGAUUCUAGAGUCGUUAAAAGAGCUGGAUAAGCUUGAAGAGGAAGGAGAUCUCGAACAACAGGAAUCACAGAUCGCGCACUUGCUCCAAGCUCUGAAACGUGAUCAUAGGGAGAUCGAACUACAUGGUAGACUGGAGGUUUUUGAAGCUAGAGUUUGGAUGAAGAUGGCUCACCUGGCACAUGCAUACUUGUCUCAAGAGGACGAUCAAAUCGCGUCGCCUACUUCACUCGUAAACGAAUUCAUGACACAAGCAACUCAGCUUGCAGAGGCCACGUUUCUGCGAGGUACUGCUGUUCCUCCGGUUCUUUGCUCCCAUGGUUUUCUGCUGUGGAAGAUGGGCUUCACCAGAGAUGCUGUCCAAAAGUUGGAGCAAGCACUCAGGCAUUGGCUGCGAGUGGAUGAAAACUUCGGGUAUGUCAGCACGGGAAGGAUCAGUAAUAUAGAAUCGAUCAAAGUCUACUUCAAAGGAGUGCAGAUGGUCCUUUUCGAAGCAAACGAAUUCAAGCGAGCAAUGAUUUGGUCUGAGAGGAGCCAUGCAAGAGACAUGUUGUUUCUGGUCACCCGGGAAGGAGAUCGCGAAAACUCGACAGAGUUUGACAUGGACGACGACAGAGCCUGGUUAGAAGUUGAAGAAAUCUCCAAACUCAUGGGAAAGGACACAGCCAUUGUAGUCAUAUCACACCUUUCAACAGCAGCGUUUAGCUCGGUGGCUACGUAUCUGUUGCAUGAUGGAGAGCUCGUCGAUUUCAGAAAACGGUAUGGUUUCCAAGUCUGCUCGCCAUCAGAUUUGCUGGAGCUCAUGAAGGACAACGACGCAGACAGCGCUCUCAGGGACUACUACGACAUUAUCGUCAAGCCUCUCGAGUCUCGACUGGAAAGCAUUCAGCCCAAGAGGCUCAUAUUUGUUCCAACCGAGGAUGUUUCCCUUGUUCCUUUCGGCGCCAUGAUCGAUGAAGACGACAACUACUUGAUCCAGAGAUAUGCUGUAGCCACAGUUUCCUCGUUGAGGCUCUUGAACCAUUGUGACAAGAGAAGACGGGUCCUACGGCAGCAGAAGCAGAAAUCACAAACUUCGUCAUCUCUGGUGGUUGGCAAUCCCAGCAAAGAUCUGUAUUAUGCAACGAAAGAAGCAGAGAUGGUGGAGUCGUUUCUGAAGAGAGCCAACACAGGGAGCGUCGUCAACUUGCUGUGCGAAGCUGAUGCAACGAAAGAUCUUGUGCUGCAGCAGCUUCCUGAAAGUGAUUGGAUUCACAUCGCAAGCCACGGUACAGUUACCGCGGACUUUCCAGAUGGAGCUCUCGUUUUGGCAGUGCCGGAAGAGCAUCGAGACGACCUUGCAAAGUCAGCUCGAUCUUCCGAGUUUGAGGAGUGCCUCGUGAGAGCUCUCACAACAGCGUCGGUUUCGGACAGGCUCACAGGGGAUGAAGUCGUAGAGCUUGCAGGACAGGGUCCGUUUCGAGCAUCAGCUGCGGUUCUCAGCGCCUGCAACUCAGGAAUCGGGAGAGUGUUUGCCGAGGGAAUCCUGGCGCUGCCGAGAUCGUUCCACAUCUCCGGAGUUCCGUCCGUGGUGAUAUCACUUUGGAACGUGAAGGACGAGUCCACUCAGGUGCUCAUGGAGAAGAUGUAUGGUAAUCUGGUGGAAGAAGGGAUGGACAUUGGGAGUGCUCUCCAAAAGGCUGCUGUGGAGAUGAUCGAGGCUGACGAUGGCUGCCAAAAGCUUUACGACGUGAGGCAUUGGGCAGCUUUCUUCGUCUCGGGGAGUCCCUUCACAACUCUAGUAUCAACAGUGUGAAUGAAGUCGCACGCUCCAAGCGUUAUUUUGGUGAAGUUUCUCUGCCGUUCUCGAACUUCUUUUCUUCAGCAAGUGGACAGAAAAUGGCCAUUGUAGAUAAGCU